GUUUUGCGUUACGAUCGAACGGGUUCUCAUUCAACUGUGACAUUUUCAAGGUUUACCGUUUGAAAUAAUGUCACAGAUACAUAUUUAACUGCCGGGUUUAGCUUUCAAGAUAACAGGAUCGGUUCUUCUCAAAUGUAACUUCAUAAAGUGCAGACAGGUGAGGUACAGGUUCAGGUGAGUGAUGCCUGUGUGUUCUAGCAGUGACUGUCCCCAUCUACAGUGUGUAGGAGAGAUCACCAAGGAAGAACUCAUCCACAAGUCACAUGGCCAGUGCCAAGACUGCAAAGUUGGAGGACCAAAUCUGUGGGCGUGUCUGGAGAAUGGCUGUGUGUAUGUGGGCUGUGGAGAAUCUCACACUGACCACAGCACCAUCCACUCACAGGAGACAGGGCACAACCUGACAGUGAACCUGACCACUCUGAGGGUGUGGUGUUAUGCCUGUGGGAAAGAGGUGUUCCUGGAGCGUAACCCGGGCCCUCACUGCCCUGUGCCCAGCACCAAGACCCUCGCUUCACCUCAGACCAAUAACACACAGGAGGGUAGCAGGGUGCUGGGCCGCUCCACCUCUCUGAGACUGCCCCCUGCUGGUGGCUGUGAAGACCUGGGCAUGGAGACUGAGGAGGAGGAGGAGCUCCGCCCCAGAGGUCUGACGGGACUGAAGAACAUAGGAAACACCUGCUUUAUGAACGCAGCCCUGCAGGCCCUCUCUAACUGUCCUCCGCUGACCCAGUUCUUUGUGGAGUGUGGAGGUCUGGUGAGGACAGACAAGAAGCCUGCUCUGAGUAAGAGCUACCAGAAACUGGUGUCAGACCUCUGGCACAAGAACAGGCCAUCCUAUGUCGUCCCUACCGGUCUGUUCCAGGGGAUCAAGGCUGUUAACCCCAUGUUCAGAGGAUACUCACAACAGAACCCCCUCCCAUCUCCCGGAAACCCUCCCUUACUCUCUAACCCGAUCCCUACUCCCGGCCCCCUCCCUACUGUCCCUAACCCCUCACGACUCCCUAUCUCCUCCCUACUCCAUAACCCCUAA